CAGAGCCAUUUAUUCAGCUGGUUCAUUAACCUGGUGGACGUUUGAGUUUUAUGAGACAAUUUUGUGACAUGACUUGAAGUUUGUGAUCUUCUGGAAUGAUGAACAGUGUAUCUUUGGCUUUCAUCGCCCUGCUUCCAUUAGCGGUUGGGUUAGAGCUGACAGGACUAUUUGGGAGCUUCACAUCCCCAAACUUCCCAAACGUCUAUCCUAAUAACCAGCGCGUGGUGUGGAAUAUCACGGCACCAGAAGGACACAGAUUACGUCUCUACUUCACUUAUUUUAGCCUGGAGCCUUCUCAUCGCUGCGAAUAUGAUUACGUUCAGGUGUUCUCAGAAAGAAAUGAGACUGUUCGCUUCUGUGGUGAUGCUGAGAAAAAUUACGGUGAUGCGCCCAAAAACACUGUCAUCUAUUCUGCCACCAGCAGCAUGUCGGUGCUCUUCAGAUCAGAUUACUCCAAUGAGGACCGAUUCACAGGCUUCCAGGCGUUUUUCUCCGCUGAAGACAUUGAUGAGUGCCUGAGCAGUGUUGAUGGGGAGCCUGUGUGUGACCAUAAUUGUCACAAUUAUGUGGGGGGUUUUUACUGCACGUGCAGAUUGGGAUACCAACUCCAUGCUGAUAAAAGACAUUGCCCUGGUGAGUGUAGUGGGCAGGUGUUUAAGCAGAGGUCAGGAGAACUGAGCAGUCCAGAGUACCCUGGUGUUUACCCCAAGAUGAGUCGCUGUGAUUACACUAUCAGUCUGAUGGAAGGCUUCCAAGUGACCCUGGACUUCCAGGAUCUGUUUGAUGUGGAGACUCAUCCUGAAAUCCACUGCCCUUAUGACAUCCUCAAGAUUGCUGCAGGUGGGAGGGAGUAUGGCCCGUUUUGUGGCAAGACCCCACCAAGAAAAAUAGAGACAGGAACUCACAAAGUGCACGUGACCUUUCGCUCUGACCGCUCUGGGAAAAACAAAGGCUGGAAGAUCAAGUACACCAGCACAGCUCAGCCAUGUCCGAACCCCGUGGCUCCUCGACAGGGUCAUAUCGAGCCUCAGCAGUCUCAGUACAUCAUGACGGAUACAUUCAAUGUCACAUGUGAUCUGGGCUAUGAAUUAAUUCUGGGGGAAGAAGCUUUGCCCUUUUAUCAAGCUACAUGCCUGAGGGGGGGAUUUUGGAAUGGACCAAUGCCCAACUGCGUCAUUGUUGAUUGUGGAGAGCCUCCAGAAGUGUUUAAUGCAACUGUGAAAUAUACCACAACCAUAUAUAAAUCUGUGAUCAAGUAUACCUGCAAUGAGUUCUACGCAAUGGACGAUGAUACAAGUGGAGUCUAUACCUGUGCACAUGACGGCUACUGGAGAGAUGCCCUCGGUGGAAAAAUACAACAGAUAUGUUCACCCAUUUGUGGGCAGCCUGAGCUAAAGCUGUCCAAAGUGAUCGGUGGGGAGAACGCAGAGAAGAACGAGAUUCCCUGGCAGGUCAUGAUACGAAUGGGCACCAAGUUCAUAGGUGGUGCUUCUCUGCUGUCGGACGGCUGGGUUCUCACUGCUGCUCAUGUCCUGAAAACCUUCGAGGACUCUACCGAUCUGCAGGUGAAGAUGGGCACAGUCAAGCAUCACGACAACGAGGCGGUAGUUGGCAUUCCACAGAAAAUCUUCAUUCACCCUCAGUACCAUCACGAUAAUGUCAACUUCAACCAUGACAUAGCGCUGAUUAAACUGGAGUAUAAGGUACCUGUCAGUAAAGCUGUCAUGCCUGUGUGUUUGCCCGGGAGGGAAGAGCGGUUUGUUUUGAAGGCUAAUGAUGUGGGGAAGGUGUCUGGAUGGGGGGUGUCGAAUAUAAACACACCCGCGUUAUUUUCUGGGAAUCUGAAAUAUGUACAUUUACCUGUCUCUGACUUCAAUGACUGUAAAGCCAAAUAUGACUCUACAGUGACUAGUAAAGGGAAACUAGUGGUGACGGAGAAUAUGAUUUGUGCUGGGUUUUCUCAGGGAGGGAAAGAUUCCUGCCAGGGGGACAGUGGAGGCCCCUUUGCGUUUUUUGACAAUCAGAGUAAAAGCUGGUUUAUAGGCGGUAUUGUGUCAUGGGGGCAUGGCUGCGCUCAGGCUGGAUAUUAUGGGGUUUAUACCAAAGUGAGCAACUACCUUUCAUGGAUUGAAGAAGUCAUGUCAAAAAACAGUUGAAAUAAAAAAAUUGGAUGGUUGUUUGGUAUUAAAAUUAUUUUAUUAAUUAAUUAAUGUCCACAAAAAGCAUGUAAUAUUGCAAGUGUUGUUUAGACAGCACGUUUGUUGGCACUUGCUGUUUUUAAAUGCGCUAGCUAAGUUAGAGGUAUAUAGGUCAAAGACAAAAAGGGGUUUUCAACAAUGAAAACAAUAAAAAUAAUUAAUAAAUGUU